UUAAAAUCCAAGAAAUCAGUCACGCUAACCUUUUAAUUCCGAAUCGCACUUUCACAACACAAUAAUUGCUGCGAAAAGUAUUGGCUAAAGAGCAUUUGACCUGUUUGUUGUAGUAUAUAAAUAAAUCAUCUGAUAUUAAAACAGGUGUGAAAAAAAAACAAUUAUCGUAUCAUUAUAAAUUAUCGUAUAAUAACGAAUCUACCGCCACUGAUCUCAGUCGUCAUAACAACAUGGCGGUACCAACAAAACAGUAUGGACUCAUCAUACCGCAGAAGAAAGGGCUCGCCAAGUCGCUGCAAAAAAACGUGUUUGGUGACGAUUCUGAUGAAGAGACCUCGGUGGGUGAGAGCUUGAAGAAGGAAGCCAUCAAGAAGAAGAUGAUGAAGCAGACCCGUCUGGAGAUGCAGAAGGCCCUGGACCAGGACAGCACUGUUUACGACUACGAUGCUGUGUAUGAUGAAAUCCAACAACAGAGGCUGGACAGCAACAAAAAAAUCCUCGGCGGAACUGACAAAAGGCCCAAGUACAUCCACCAGCUGAUGCGUGCAGUGGAGGAUCGAAAGAAAGAGCAAGAGCGCAGAGAUGAGAGGAAGAUCCAGAAGGAGAGAGAGGCGGAGGGUGAGAAGUUUGCAGACAAAGACGCUUACGUCACCUCGGCCUACAAGAAGAAACUGGAGGAGCAGAAAGAGGAGCAGGAGCGGGAACGCAGAGAGGCAGCCAUUGAAGCUGCCCUGGAUGUCAGGAAGCAGAAGGAUCUCAGCGGGUUUUAUAGGCACCUGCUGAAUCAGACGGUCGGAGAAGAGGCCAUCCCUGAUCGCGCUGCUGACAGAGCUAAAGCCUCAUCAGUUUUACAAGAGUCGGAGACUCCGGCGCCUCCUGCAGCGGCUCCCCCUGCCAACGACAGACCCUGCAGCGACAGCGAGGAGGAGAAACCUGCCGCCACGCACUCCAAACGGCAGUACAGACAGAGGUCGCCCUCUAGUGGCAGCGAUGAGGAGCGAGAGAGGCAGAAGGAGAAGGACAGACACAGGAGAAGGGACAGAGACGGGGAUGAGAGACACAGCAGCAGGAGAGACGACAGAGACAGAAGAAGAGACAGAGAAGAGGACAAGCACCGGAGGAGGAGUCACACGGAGCACGAGGACCGACACAGGAGGAGGGAGAGGAGUCCAAAAGACAGGCGAAGAGACAGAGAUCCUGAGGAUCCUGAGAAGAGGAAGGACAUGGAAAAGAGGGAAGUCGGAGACGAACCCAAGGAUCCGGAGAAGGAGCAGCCAAAGCCGAUGGAUGAGGAGGUGGAGGGGGGGGAAGAAAAGCAGGAGGUCAGCAAGUUUGCUAAACGCAGCACGGAUCAGACGGUGACCUCAGCCCGGGACCGGUAUCUGGCCCGGCAGAUGGAGCGCUCCGCUUCCAAGACCUACAUCGAGAAGGAGGAGGACUGACGGGAGCCAGAGUGCCGCGCGGAUGGGACGUGAAGGGUUGGAUGAGCUGAGCCAGAAGGCAGGGUGGGAAUGUUCACUGGAGGUUGGUCAGCCGUGAGCGGCGUCACAACAAUAAAUGCUUUGCAUCUCAUCUGUGAACACACA